AAAAAUGAAAAUAUAACUAAUUUACUCAUUUUACUCGAUUCUAACAGUGUCUUGAAGGCUUUCGCCAAGAAUUAACUGUCUGAAUGAUGGGGAGAAGGAAAUUCGACAGGACUGUAGUGAAAAAAUGUCCAAUUUGUGGUCAACAAAUACCAGUAGCUUGUAGAUAUUGUAGUUGUGGACAUCAAUUUACAUCUCGAGUCAGAAGUUCAUCUUCAACCUCUUCUAUACCUGAUGAAAGAGAAGCAGACCAGUCAACUAGUCAAACUGAAGAAGGUGAUAAACGAAGACGAACCGUUAGAACGAAAAGAGUAAAACCUGAUUUUUUCAACUCAUUAGAACUAGACUAUUCAUCACGUCAAAUGAAACAUAAAAAGGUGAAAGAGAUUGAAACUAAGAAGAAGGGAAGGGGGAGACCAAAAGGUUCAGUCAAUAAACCAAAGACACCUGAUACCACUAAUCCCCCAACACCAUUGAUUCCAACAGAGCCUGUACCUAAACCACCAGUAGAAGAAGAUGUAUUCAGUGGAGUCUCUUUAGAAAAAUUACGAACUUAUGAUAUUAUUUUAUCAGAAUUAAAUCGUAAGAUGAUGACAACUUCAGCUUUCAAUCCUACAUAAAAUAUAUCUGACAAUUAUCAUGUGGAAUAUGUUCUCUAGGUGAUUAUAUUAGCCUGGUGCUGUAUAUUCUAAUAGAAUUAAACUGUUCUACCUUCAUCACCUCUCAACACAAUAUACAAGUUGUUUUUCUAAAUGAUUGUAUCUAAGAUUCAUGCUGUUAAUGUUAUUUGAAUUAAACUCGAAAUUUCUAGACCUAAUAGUGGACUAUAAUACCAGACACAUUGUGUCCUUAAAGAAUAGAUUAAUAUAUUUUACCUUUGAUACAAUCAGUUAUGCAUCUUUGAUAUCUUCUUCAAAUUUGAGCAAAAUCUUGGCUAAGUAUGCAGUAAGGAUUGUAACCGUAAGGUCUGGAUAUGGAUGGAUAUAUUAACUGGACUCUAAUUAGUUAUAGUUUAAUUGUAUGUGUGUUUUGAUGUUUGUUAAUUAUCUUCAUUGUAUCAUCAUAAUAUGUUUGUAUUUAUUGUAUUAUAAUACAAUUCUUUUAUUU